AUGGCAGACUCUUCGAGUUCUGCUGCACCUUCGGGCGCUAGCAAGCCCCAGGCGGCCCCGAAACCGCCUAACCCAGCGUUCAAAAUGAUGGGCCUCCCUAAUAUGCGAUUCAAGCUGCCUUCUCGCAAUUGGAUGAUCUUCCUUACUAUUACUGGAUCUUUCACCGGUGCUCUUAUCUACGAUCGUCGGGAGAAGCGUCGCGUGCAACAAAAGUGGUCGGAGCUUGUGGCUCACAUUUCGAAAGAAACCCUGCCAGUUGACCAGAUGCGUCGGAAAUUGACGGUAUACUUGGCUGCGCCACCAGGAGAUGGUUUGCGUGUGGCCCGAGAUCACUUCAAGGAAUAUGUUAAGCCCAUCCUAGUGGCCGCGGCGUUGGACUAUACGGUGGUUGAAGGGCGACGUGAGGGCGACGUGAGAGCCAACACAGCGGAAAACAUUCGCAAGCUACGCCGAAAGGCCGGAGAACCCAGCUCGGCCGUCGAAGAAGCCGGCGUGGAUGCGGUCGUUGCUGCCACCCGGGCACACAUUGGGGUUACGGACGAACCGGGCCCCAAGGGCGACCUGAUCAUUGGCCGACACACCUGGAAGGAGUAUAUUCGGGGCUUACACGAGGGCUGGCUUGGCCCAUUAGAUGCACCACCUCCACCUCUGGAGGAGUUGACCGCGGACACACCGAAGGACAUCAGUGCCGAGAAACUCGUUAGUCUCGCGAACCCUGAGAUUGCGAGCAUCGAUUCCCCCGAGUUCUCCGAAGAGAAGAAAGACGAGAUCCCCGAGCCUAAGAUCGAGGAACCGGAGAAGGAAGAAGAGAAGCCUGCUAAGCCAGCCGGCCCUACUCCUGCAUACAUUUACCCCAGCGAAUACUCCUCCGCCAUCCUUCCCCACACCAUCCCCCAAUCCUUCGACAGCUCUAUCCCAGUCGAAUUCCCUCAUCUCCUCGGCUUCCUGAACACCCCAAUCCGAGUUUACCGCUUUCUUACACAACGGCAUCUUGCCGAAGAUGUCGGGCGCGAAGUUGCUGCGCUUGUCCUCGCGAAUAGCGCUCGGCCUUACCAUGAAAACACUCUCAGCGUAGACUCCGAGCCCACUGCCGCCAACGUUGACCCCACCCCUUCUCCUGAUAGCUCGUUCACCGACCUUACUCCUCGCAACCAUGAGCAGCAGACCGUAAUGGAGGCUGCUGAAAGUGAGUGGCACAAGUCUGUGCACAAGCGCGACGAAGAUGGAAAUCUGAAGGAGCGCGAGUGGCUCGAUGAUGUUGUGCUUGAUCAGCGCAUCGCCUCGCGCAUGCAGCGCGCCACCCUUUCCCUGGAAGAUGAGGCACGUUCUCAACGCAUCGCCGAGCAACAGGAAUACAUUCUUGGCGAGGAGCGGCCGGCUCCCGUGCCUUUCUGGAAGCGCAUGUGGAUCGAUUACGGCUAUGGUGAGAGUGACGAGGUCCUGAGACGUAAGCCCAUUUUGGGUAACAUCGACGGAGAAGACGUACAGUAA